AUUUCGGUGCGGGAGCCGUCGAUUCGCCACGAAACCGGAGAGAGAGAGAAGAGACCCGUCAACGCUGCAGCUGGCUGAAUCUCUCUCUCUGUUCAUCCUCUCCGGCGCGCCCCGUUCUUGCGUCUAGACUAGACGGGUUGGAAGGGUGUGUGAUCUUGGUGUUUUGAUUCAUCCAUGGCUGCUCCUAGCGUCGCCGUGGACAACUUGAACCCCAAGGUUUUGAAAUGUGAGUAUGCAGUCCGUGGAGAGAUUGUGAUCCAUGCUCAGCGCUUGCAGCAACAGCUACAGACUCAACCAGGGUCUCUUCCUUUUGAUGAGAUCCUGUAUUGCAACAUCGGGAAUCCCCAGUCUCUCGGUCAGCAACCAGUUACUUUCUUCAGGGAGGUUCUUGCUCUUUGUGAUCAUCCAUGUUUGUUGGACAGAGCGGAAACCAAAUCAUUGUUCAGUGCUGAUGCAAUUUCUCGGGCAACAACAAUUCUUGCCUCAAUUCCUGGAAGAGCAACAGGAGCGUACAGCCACAGCCAGGGCAUCAAAGGACUGCGUGAUGCGAUUGCUGCUGGGAUCGCUUCACGUGAUGGAUAUCCUGCAAAUGCAGAUGACAUUUUCCUUACUGACGGAGCAAGCCCUGGAGUCCACAUGAUGAUGCAGCUACUGAUAAGGAAUGAGAAAGAUGGCAUUCUCUGCCCGAUUCCUCAGUAUCCCUUGUACUCAGCCUCCAUUGCUCUCCAUGGUGGAGCUCUUGUCCCGUAUUAUCUAAACGAAUCAACAGGCUGGGGUUUGGAGAUCUCCGACCUGAAGAAGCAACUCGAAGAUGCCCGGUCGAAAGGCAUUGAUGUUAGGGCUUUGGUAGUUAUCAAUCCAGGAAAUCCGACUGGGCAGGUUCUUGCUGAGGAAAACCAACGGGACAUAGUAAAGUUCUGUAAAAAUGAGGGACUUGUUCUUCUGGCUGAUGAAGUAUACCAAGAGAACAUCUAUGUUGACAACAAGAAAUUCAACUCUUUCAAGAAGAUAGCGAGAUCUAUGGGAUAUAACGAGGACGAUCUCCCUUUAGUAUCAUUUCAAUCUGUAUCUAAGGGAUAUUAUGGAGAAUGUGGCAAAAGAGGAGGCUACAUGGAGAUUACUGGCUUCAGUGCUCCAGUUAGAGAGCAGAUAUACAAAGUGGCGUCAGUGAACUUAUGUUCCAAUAUCACUGGCCAGAUCCUUGCCAGCCUCGUCAUGAACCCACCAAAGGCCGGAGAUGCAUCAUAUGCUUCAUACAAGGCAGAGAAAGAUGGAAUUCUCCAAUCACUAGCCCGUCGUGCAAAGGCAUUGGAGGAUGCAUUCAACAAUCUUGAGGGAAUUACAUGCAACAAAACUGAAGGAGCAAUGUACCUCUUCCCUCAGCUCCUUUUGCCACGAAAGGCGAUCGAGGCUGCUAAAGCUGCUAACAAAGCACCUGAUGCAUUCUACGCUCUUCGGCUCCUCGAGUCAACCGGAAUUGUUGUUGUCCCUGGAUCUGGAUUUGGCCAAGUUCCUGGGACAUGGCACAUCAGAUGCACAAUCCUGCCACAGGAGGAGAAGAUCCCUGCGAUCAUCACCCGCUUCAAGACAUUCCAUGAGUCGUUCAUGGCAGCAUACCGCGACUAAACUGUUACCAUCAACAGAUGGGGAGUUCUAUACAAGCCUGAUUGAUUGAUUUUCCCCAGGCCUUCCUUUUUUUUCUUCACCCUGAUAGCAUCAUCCUGUAGACCAAACAAAAUAAAGCAGCAAGCCAGACAUGCUUUUUUAGUGUGCUGAUCUUUGAUUGGAGAAACAGUGGGUACUGAAAACUGAUGCCUUUGAUGGCAAUUGAGGAAAAUGUUACUGUAUAAAUGCUAAAAAGUUUUGAUGCUGAUGCAGCUAUAGUUUUGAAUGUUGAGGUUGGCUAGACUAUGAAAAUGGCUUGAUCUGAUUGUAAGACACCAGCUAUUCAUCUCUGAUUUGAAUAGUGGUGCUUGGUAGGAGAGCUGCUGAACACCAUGCUCUGAAUAAAAUGAAACCUUUAUUAGUGUCUUUUA